AUGGCGGCGCUGGCGUCGAGGAUGGCGCAGCUGCAGUCCAGGGCGGCGUUGGCGACGAGGCUCGCGGCCAAGCACGGGGGCGCGCUGCAGUCCGAGGCGGCAAGCUUCGCGGCCAAGCACAGGGCCACGCUGCAGUCCAAGGCGUCCGAGGCGGCGAGCUUCGCGGCCAAGCAAGGGAGCGCGCUGCAGUCCAAGGCGUCCGAGGCGGCGAGCUUUGCGGCCAAGCAAGGGAGCGCGAUGCAGUCCAAGGCGGCCGAGGCGGCGAGCUCCGCGGCCAGGCAAGGGCGCGAGUACCACAAGACGCUCAUGGAGAGGAACAAGCAGUACGUCAUCGAUCCGCCCACCGUCGAAAAGUGCCAGGAGCUCUCCAAGCAGCUUUUCUACACCCGCCUCGCCAGCAUUCCUGGCCGUUACGAGGCAUUCUGGAAAGAGGUUGAUGGUGUAAAGCUGUUGCUGAAAAACAGAAAGGACCUGAAUGUUGAGCACGCCGGGGUUGCCGCAUUGUUUGGCAUUGAGUUGUAUGCGUGGCUUUGUGCCGGUGAGUUUAUUGGUAGAGGAUAUACCCUCACAGGUUACCAUGUCUGA